UCAUUUUGGCGGUUCAGUUUCAACAUGGCUGACGUGAGCCAUAGUAAUGAGGCUGUGGAAAAGGGGCCUGAGGGCUUAUCUCCCGUAUCUGUGCCAGUUGACACGACCAUCUCCAGGGUGGAACUCCUUGACACUAUACUGGACACUUUUCUCCAGAAACUAGUCGCCGCCAGGAGCUACGAGAGAUUCACCAGCUGUUACAAGCCCUUCCAGCAAUUAGACCCCAAGGUGAUGCAGUGGGUCUAUGACAAGUUUGUGACUCAGUUACAGACGUCCAUCCGGGAGGAAAUUGCAGAGAUAAAAGAGGAAGGGAACCUAGAAGCUGUCCUGAACUCCUUGGAUAAGAUUGUUGAAGAAGGCAAAGCCAAUGGAGAGCCGGCCUGGCGACCCAGUGGAACCCCAGAGAAAGACCUGUGCAGUGUUAUGGCACCCUACUUCCUGCAGCAGCGGGAUGCCCUGUGCCGCCGAGUGCAGAAGCAGAAGGCCAAGAACCAGGACCUUGCUGAUGCUGUCCUGGCCGGGCGCAGCCAGCUGGAGGGGCUGCAGCAGCAGAUCCAGGCCCUCCAGCAGACGUGGCAGGCUCUUCACAGAGAGCAGAGGGAGCUGCUGUCAGUGCUAAGGGCACCUGAGUGAAGAGCCACUGGACCCCAGAGCAGAGGGCAGUCAUGGUCCUGUGGAGUCCGUUCCUCACCCCCACUGCUUAGCUUCUAGUGGGGUUACCCACACACUACCUUCAGAUUCCCGCCACCAUCUUCUGCCUGGAAAACUGGCACUCCCACACUGGGCAUCAAGACACCAGGCUUUUCUCCUGGAGUCGUAGCAGCCUUGGCCCCACGCCCUCCUUCUGGUUUUCCAGCCCUCCCUGGACUGGACUCGGGUUAGUAUUUUCAGUCUGCACUGAUUGCUGCCUUGCUGAACAGCCUAAGGGCCCUUGCCAUGUUCUCCCCACAUCUGUAAAUAAACUUCCUCUAUCACACUGUAA